UAUAAAUACCGGCGCCAAUGCCAGGUUCUUUCAUCACUCCGAAAGCCGAUUCUACAAGGUGUUGUGAGUCUCCAAGCAAGAUGAUCUGGCUUCUGUGUGUCCUUUCUCUGGUGUCUUACGCCAAGGCCCAAUCCUGCGGCACGCCCGCCAUCUCGCCGCUCAUGACGAAACGGCUGGUGUACGACUUCGCUUCGGAGCGAAUCGUUGGCGGACAAGAGGCCAACCCGCACAGCUGGCCCUGGCAGGUGUCUCUCCAGACUUCUUCAGGCUUUCACUACUGCGGCGGUUCCCUUCUGAACUCCGAGUGGGUCGUCACCGCGGCUCACUGUGAUCCCAGCAUCACCGACGAUUACGUCAUCCUGGGGGAACACGACAAGGGCGGCGGCUCCGAGGCCAUCCAGCGCCUGCGCAUCGCCGGGAAGUUCUGCCACACUCAGUACGACUCCAACACCAUCGACUACGACAUCUGCCUGCUGAAGCUGGCCACCCCCGCCGUUAUGGGUGAGACCGUCCACCCCGUGUGCGUGGCUGAGUACGGGGACGAGGCGUCCUUCCCUGCCGGAAUGCGCUGCAUGGUGUCUGGCUGGGGACUGCUUCGUUCCACCAGCCAGUUCACCCCUGACCAGCUGCAGCAGGCUGAGCUGCCCCUGGUGGGCACGCCGGCCUGCUCGGACGCCUGGCCCGGCUACAUCACGGACAGGAUGAUCUGCGCCGGGGCCGAGGGGACGUCUUCUUCCUGCAUGGGUGACUCUGGCGGCCCGCUGGUGUGCCAGAAGGACGGCGCCUGGACCCUGGUGGGAGUUGUGUCCUGGGGAAGCUCCCGUUGUCACACCACGCUGCCGGGCGUGUACGCGCGCGUCACCGACCUCCGCCAGUGGAUGGACAACACCAUGUCCCGCAACUAAACCUGCGUCACUCCAUAGCCUCCAUAGCAUGCCAAAAACUGGGGGUUUUGGGGUCUUCAGUGUCUUUGGGAUCUUUUAUGUGCUAUGUUCUGAUUGCAUAUAAACAAGAUAGCCCGCCUGGUUGAAUAACCCCUGUUUUUGACUGGGCAUCAGAAAACAGCCGAAGACCACCAACCCUCCAGUAUAAAAUAAGCCUGCUACGGAGGCUAGUCACUCCACUACAUGUACAUCUAGCUCUCCUGGUAGACUACCAACAAUAUCGGGAGUAUACCCCCCCCCCUCCCUUACACAUGGCUGAAACAUCUGUUUCAACCAGGGGAGGGGAGGCAGAGGAAGAGCUAAAUGAGCACUCGUUUGAAAAUGAUUUAUACCUGAAAUUAGUCACAAUAAAAAUGGAU